AUGGGCAAAAGCGAGCGAAAAACGCUGCAACGUGAACUGGAAGAGCUGCACAGAAGACUUACACAACUCGAGAAUGAAAGGAAAACAAUGGUCAUUCAGCUGGACGCUGCCAAACGCGAUCGAGCCAUCUAUAUCAAAAAGAUUGAAAUGCUGGAAAAUGAAAAACGACGUACGGAUGUAGCAAUCCGUGAAACUGCUAUGCAGCGUGAGGCUAUCGAAAAAUCACUAAAUGCAAUGGAACGUGAAAACAAGGAACUUUACAAGAACUGCGCACAGCUACAGCAACAAAUUGCUCAGCUGGAGCUUGAAAAUGGUAAUCGCAUCAUGGAACUUAGUACCAAGCAACGUGAGGAACAGGACAAGCAAAUGCAGCGGAUGCGAAACGAGAAAGCACAAAUUGAAAGAAUAAUAGAGAGUCGCGAACGCACGCAACAAAACAGAAUCAAACAGCUAGAAAAUCAACUUAGCAUUAUGAGAGAACAGCUGGACAACGAAAGGAGACGUCGUCGAGAUUACGUUGAUCGAAGUUUGGCUGGUGAUAUUGGACGACUUGGUGGCGGUUAUCUUGGACUACGCACUGGUGGCAUUCAUAGUGCUGGUGUGUUGCCGCAUUUAGGUGAUGACUAUUUGGCAGGAACAACGUAA